AUGAAAAAUGCAUUGCCUAAUAACAGCUUCUGUAGCCGAAUAAUAAUCACUACUCGCAAAGCUGACAUUGCUACUGUCUCAUCCCACCCAUCAAAAGUUUAUUCUCGUAAGCCCUUAUCUCCAGAUGAAUCAUGGUCCUCAUUCUACAAGAAAGUGUUCCGUGGGAAACCCUGUCCUCCUCACCUAGAACACCUUUCUCGGCAGAUUUUAAAAGAAUGCGAGGGUUUACCGCUUGCCAUAGUGGCAAUUGGUGGUCUUCUCUUUGCAAAAGAUGUCCAAGAAUGGGAGAUGAUUACUCGCAGCCUUGCUGCAGAACUAGAAAGCGAUGACAGGAUGCAAAUUUUCGGGAGAAUUCUCAGCUUGAGCUACAAUGAUUUGCAUGAUAACUUGAAAAGCUGCUUUUUGUACUUGGGAGUAUUUCCAGAGGAUCAUGUGAUUGAGUGUAGUAGACUCAUCCGUCUGUGGAUUGCAGAAGGAUUUGUUGAGGAAAGAGAAGGGAUGACACAAGAGGAGGUUGCUGAAAGAUUCCUGAAGGUGCUUAUAAACAGGAGUUCGGUGCAAAUUGCAGAGACAAUUUUACACGGAAGGCUAAGACGUUGCAGGAUACAUGACCUAAUGCGUGAAAGUAUCCUUUCUAAGUUAAGGGAUGAAAACUUCGUUUCGUUUGCAUCUGAGCAGAAAAAAGAAUUGCAAGAAAGAGUCCGGCAUCUGUCAGUCCAAUACACCUGCAACAACGCACUAAACCAGCUAAGCCUUCCCAGCCUAUGCUCUCUGCUCGUUUUUGUGUUAGGGAAAUCGUCUAGCUCAGAUGAGCAAUUCGUCCCAAGUGGCUCUAAGCUGCUGAGGGUGCUAGAUCUGACAGGCUCAUCCCUUCACAAGUUCCCCCAACAAAUGCCGGUUCUGUGCCACUUGAAGUAUCUAAGUUUGAGAGGGACGCAAGUGCGGAUCAUCCCUUAA